CCCCCCCCUCCCAGAGGCGGGCCCGGGUGUCAGCGCGGUGGCCCCGGCCCCAGCAGCGGCCCCAGUGCCCAGCGCGGGUCCGCGCGUUCCGCCGCGCUUCUCCAAUCCCGGGGCCGGGGCGGGGCGCCGGCCCAGCGGUGACAUUGAGGGGCGGCGGGCAGGGCCGAGGCAGCGCCGCCGAGGGGGGAGGCCGCGCCAUGUGGGGCCGCGCCGAUAGGGCUGUUAAACUGCUGAGAAGAAAUACUCCCUCAAUUCUUAGGAUGACUGAAGGAGUGGAUCCCAAGAUAAGCAGAAGGCUUUGCAUUAAACCCCAGGAAGAAAGUCAACUUCAGCCAAGAAGUCAGCCUCCUUUGAGGGUGCCUGGACACAAGCCUACAGACUGGGAGAAAAGAUUUUUGUUGUGGGCAGGCCAUUUCAAAAAACCAGAGGACAUACCAGAGACUGUCUCGAUUGAAACAAUCAGAGCAGCAAAGACCACACUGCGUGUGAGGUUCAGCUAUGUAAUGAUUGCCUUGACAAUACUGGGAUGCAUAGUCAUGGUGAUUCAAGGGAAGCAGGCUGUAAAAAGGCAUCAAUCUCUUACAAGCAUAAACUUGGAGAAGAAAGCUCAAUGGAGAGAGGAAGCUACUCAGAGUACAUCUGCUAAACCUUAGAGGAGGAAAUGAAGAGACCAAGGACUGGGGAAGAAAAGCCGAGUCCUUUUCAGCACUGGAAGGAGGAUACAGUCACAUCUUUCCUGUAUGUUAGUUCUGUACUUUCAUGUUCAAGAAAGAAUGAAUACAUUAUCCUGUAAUCAAUAAAACCAGAAAUACCUAUUUUCUUUUCCUAAGAACCUCCCUUUUCCUCCAAACUCUCUUCUUCAUGGUUAGUGGAACAGGACAAGUCAGCAAACUGGACAGACAGAAUAGCUGUUUCCUAUAUGUACUAUGCACUGGACUAAGCAUCUUUUAAAAGACUGCAGGAGCUGUAUCUGCAUUCUUGGUACCAAUCUCCUUUAUGAAGUCUUACGCUCUUACUUACCACUUACAAGAAGAUAACUGGGACACAAAAGGACAGCCCAUUUGGUUUCCACUUGUACGUCCAUACUUGUACAAACAAAAUACCUUCCCUGGGCAGUCAUCUGCUAUCAUUGACUAUUUCAGGUUGCUUCAAGGUCCCUUCAGGAAGAAUGGUGCUAUAUGUAUUCUAUAUUGUUACCAGCUGCUUCAAAUAUUCCAUAUGUUCCUCUUUAUGCAAGAGAGCGCAAUUAUUUGGGGAGCCCUUGAGUCAAGAAUAAUUGUAUGACCUUCAUUUGACAUAAUCAAAAUGAUCAUAAGUUAUUAGAAAGUCUGCUUACCUGUUGUAGGUCCAAUAUAUUCUGGCUGCAUUGGUUUAAGCGAAGGAUUACUUUUUGUGAAGAACUGCCUUCCUUUGAUAAAAAGAGGAGGGAGAUUGAUAGUGAAAUGGCAUUCCAGAGAACAAGUGUGUUGCAGAUGACAACCUAGAGGUUUUUACACCAGAGCUGGUAGUGAGAUGAGAGAAUGUCCAAGCUAAGGGAACAGAGAUGACUAUUUUGAGGAAUACUGACCAACAGCUUCAACCUAUGCUAUCAGAUUUACUAUUUAGAGGCACAUGAGUAUGAGAAAGUCAGUCAGGCAUUCCUGCUCUCUGCUGCUGAGCUCUUUUUUCCAAACCUCAUUUAGAUUUAUUUGCAUUUUUCCCCCUUUAAAUCGUCAUCUGUGCUUUCAUGAUGCUAGCCCACUUAAAGAUCAUCUGCCUCAAGUUUUAGAAGCGGCAGACCCAGUAAUACCUGCAAAGAGCAACUCCCAACAGUCCUGUUUCUGGCAUUCAUCCCAGAAGAGUCACAUACUGUUCAUACUGAACAGCCUGCAGCAACUGGAGACAGUAUUUUUCCUCCGCCUUUCAGUUCAUUUGGAAGGAAAUGUAGAUUGGAACUGUCAGGACUGCUUGAAACUAUGUUAUUUCCCAGGACUGCCUGCUAACUGGCCCUGGGGACUCCAGAAACAGAAGAGGCAUACAUGUUUGACAGCUUUAGUUUGUGAAAUUCCUGGUAGUGGGAGGCACGAUUAUUUUUCUUGAAACUUUCCAGAUUAUUUUUGUUGUACUACUAAAAAUUAGCACUAUUGCUGAAUAAAUUAAAAGCCCAACAAAAAUGCAGGGUAAAUCUUGUCUUUAUACCUGGAAGAGAGAAGCAAUAAGAGAUCUAGUGUAGUCCUCUCUAGUACUUUGUCCUUUACUCUAGAGCUAGAAGAUAGCUGCUGCAGUCCAUCUUUCUAUGAAUUGCAUUUCUGGGUACCACUCAUAUUGACGAGACGUAACCAAUCAAACAAGCUGUGCAGCCAUUCCACCAUAGAAGUUAUAACGUUCAGGUGAUGCCACGACCUGUCAUCAGAUUCUCUGUAAGGCAAUUAUUGCAAGUAUGCCGUCAAUCAAGCAGAGCAGGCUUCCACAGUCCACUCGUAGCACUGAAUGCAAGUUACGCUUAAUUCCACUGCAAGUAUGUGAACAGAUCUUCCAUGACAGCUCUGGUUCUUUGCCACACUAGUAGGCACACAGGUGGGAACCAAAAAAAUCUUCCCAGAUUGUGUGCCUGUGCUCACAUAUGUAUUAAACGAGACCAAAAAGGAGAACAUGCACUUCAGUAUUUCAGGUUACCAUGAAGAGAAACUUGUGAUUUGAUUUAUGCUUGGUGAUGGCAAAGCUUAAAACCAUGCAUCUCAAAAGUAUAGCCCUUUCUAUACGCACCUCCGAGUGCACUCUGUAAACAGAACUGGCAAGUACCUCAUCUGGUUUUGGAAAUAAAGCUAUUUGGACUCAUCCAGCUGGUAAAGUAUUUCAAAUAAAAAUACAUAAAAUACC